AGAUGGGUUGCUCNUUCUCCGGAUUGAAUGCCCUAUACGACGCUGUUAAUGGGGGAGGUGAUGUUUGGAUCAACGAGAACCGUUUCAGGAUCCUGAGGCAGCUGGGAGAGGGUGGCUUCGCCUUUGUUUAUCUCGUUAAGGAGCUGCUCUCUGAUCCUUCCAACCCCGCCGACGGCAUUUCCCGCAAAAUCAAGGACCCUUCUCACGUCUCAGGUGAUGGAACAUAUGCAAUGAAGAAAGUUCUCAUUCAAAAUAAUGAGCAACUAGAGUUAGUGAGGGAGGAAAUUCGUGUUUCAUCUCAGUUUAGCCAUCCUAAUCUGCUUCCUCUUCUUGACCAUGCAAUCAUUGCAGUCAAGGCUUCACAAGAUCAAUCCUGGAAGCAUGAAGCAUACUUAUUGUUUCCUGUCCAUUUGGAUGGAACACUACUGGACAAUGCCAAAGCUAUGAAAGCUAAGAAGGAGUUUUUCUCCACCGCAGAUGUGCUUCAGAUAUUUCGUCAGCUUUGUGCAGGACUUAAGCAUAUGCACAGUUUUGACCCUCCAUAUGCACAUAAUGAUGUCAAACCUGGGAAUGUCCUUGUGACGUACAGGAAAGGACAGGCGCCUUUAGCUACAUUGAUGGACUUUGGAAGUGCUCGUCCUGCAAGAAAGCAAAUUCGAACUCGUUCAGAAGCAUUACAGCUGCAGGAAUGGGCUUCUGAACACUGUUCUGCUCCUUUCCGAGCACCAGAACUAUGGGAUUGCCCAAGCCAUGCUGACCUCGAUGAGAGAACUGAUAUCUGGUCGUUAGGCUGCACUUUGUUUGCAAUUAUGUAUGGUGAAUCUCCAUUUGAAUAUGCACUUGGGGAAUCUGGCGGGAGCUUACAGCUGGCUAUUGUAAAUGCCCAAAUAAAGUGGCCGAGCGGACCUAAUCCUCCUUAUCCAGAUGCACUUCACCAGUUUGUAACAUGGAUGCUGCAGCCGCAAGCUGCAGUUCGGCCUCGCAUUGAUGAUAUCAUUAUUCAUGUUGAUAAGUUGAUCACAAAGUUUUCUAAUUGAAGGAAUCAAACUUAAGUGUGUCAGGUGAUAGAGUUACUGAGGUAUUGCUUUGAAGUGACAUGGGAUAGGAGUUGUAUGGAGUCGUUAUAAAUAUCAUAUAAUGUGCUGGUAAAAGAUUUAGGACUCGUCCGUUUAUGGUACAGCAAUGUAUUGGAGUUUCUUUUAACUUAUGUUGGUUAUUGUUAUCAGCAAUGUAAAAGUCUAAAUCUCCAAAUGAUUAUUGGUUAUAGAUCCAGAAUUAUAGAUACAAAAAUGAA